UUGUUACACUUGGUAGUAACAGCAUACGGUAUCCAGUAAUUGUCCUUCUCGUUUCAUUUCUGAGUCAGCAGUUUUGUUAGCAUAUCUGCUACGCAUAACAUUAUUUCUAAACGAGAAAAAGUGCGUUCAUCAUAUUAAUCUACAACUACGCUUGAAUUUUUAAAAAUAACAUUGAAAUAAAAGAUGAUCGUGAAAAAUCAGAAAAAAUCGCUUAAAAUGGCUAAUAUGAAAUAUAUCAUUUUACUUUCCUGUAUAAUGCUGCUUCUGUUACCCAGAGACAGUGUAGGUGCUAAAGGUAAAGUAGCUGUAGAUACUAAAGGUAAAGUAGCUGUAGGUGCUAAAGAUAAAGCAGUUAAAGAUUCUCAGGAUAGUGAUUCAUUAUCAUCAUCAUCAUCAGCAGCAGCAGAAAGAAGUAGUGAAAAUAAAGGGAAGAAUGAACGUGCCAUCAACUCAAGAAAUACAAGAUGUAUCCAGCUUCCUUUCAAUUUAAGCUGCAUUUAAUUUACAAUCAACAUAAGCUUACAAAUAUUAAAAUAGAAAAAUAUUAAAAUAUGUGAAAAGUUUAUAAUUAUUAAUUGAAAAUUUUUACAAUAUAAUGUUUGCUUCUAUAAUUAAAUGAUAUCUGAUCUUAUUAGCUUUACUUGGUGGUGGUUUAUCAAUGCUUUAGCUUUAGAGCUUGGAUUGCAAUUGUAAAAACAAAAAAAAAAGAUAAAGAAAAUAAAGGAUUUAAUCAGUG